ACUAAGCGGGUCCCUCAGAGUGCGCGGACGUUUCCGACUGCUCGAGGAAUUUCCUCUGGAUUUUCGGCCGCGAAGCAAGCAAAGAACAAAGACAAAAAUAAAAAACUUAUACACCCACUGUCGUAUACGGAAUCUGAAAAAACAAAAAAAAAAAAAACAAACAAACAAACAAGCAAUAAAACGAAACAUCGGAAACUAAGAAAUACCGUUCCGGGUGUAAAAUGAGACGAUUAAAAAACACCCUCGCUUGCUUAUCGAGUGAUCGAAAUCGGAUCGAUAUUCUUCGGAUCGAUUGAUACUCGUUUUAUUCAGUGCCGCAGCUCUCAACUCAGUGCUCUAUAAUUUUUCGGGAUUAAAUUUCGGAAAUCGUCAACCUCGGUGCGCAAUGAGAUUGCAGGAACUUCCGGCGAACGGCAAUCCCGGAACUUCUUCGCACCCUUUGUUCUGAAAUUUUACUAAAAUUCAUACAGGCGGUUUAAAAUGAGCGGUGAAAUUUGCCGCCAAAUUUUUCCCGCCUAUUUUUAAACUCAAUUAAGCUUCGAUUGAACGGGAAAAAUAUUUUUUCAUUACCGAUGGCUUAUUUGACAAUAUCGACUCGAAGAGCCGCGUGUGUUUUUCGGUACAACUGUUUGUUCAGACUUUAAUUUAUUAUAUCGCCCGUUUAUAAUUAACAGUGAAAACACCUGUGUUUACACACCUUAUCAGCUGUGCGACACGAUUUAUUGACAUUUUUUUAAACUGUACUCUUAUUUUUUCUUUUUUUUUUCUGUCUUCUCACUUGGUUACAAGUUGUUCGUUCGCUAGCCAAGAACCUCGAUAUAUUCAUCAUGGAUACCGUGAUCGAAAAGAUGGGGAAGUUGAAUCUGAGAAUUCCAAGUUGUCCGGUGAAGAAACCGGCGCCUCUGAAAGAGUUCGUGGGUCGGUGCCAGACGAUGCCGUCGAGGGUGAAAAAGUCGUUCUGCGGUUGCCUGCAGGAUGACGAACCGCCGGAGAUAACCUAUUGCGUAGUGGAGCACACGGGUACGUUAACGUUGCAAGCGAUGACCCCGACGCUGCCAAUGCCCGCGGAGGAGGAGCUGAAUAAAAUGUUCCUAGAGCUGGUGGAGGAGUUGGAUCUUACACAAACGAACAGACAAGCGGUCUUGGCUCUACCGGCUAAUAAAAAAUGGCAGAUUUACUGCUCCCGGAAGGGUAAUGGCACCCUGGACAAUGGCGGACUGAGAACAACAGACUUGAGCGGUGAUCCCGAGGACUACAUCAACAGGGUCAAAACGAUCGCUAGUACCCCGUUUCCCGAAGAAGGCGAGGAAAUUUCAAACCAAAUGCGGCAGGUCGAAGCCCUGAAGACGGCUCUUCGGACCCAGCCGCAUAGCUUCGUUUUGAGGUUUAUAGAGCUCGAUGGUCUUACCGCGCUUCUUCAGGUUUUAGGGACAAUGGACACGGACGCGACGAACAGCAACCUCCACACGAGUGUUAUUGGCUGCUUGAAAGCUCUUAUGAACAAUUCGAACGGAAGAGCUCACGUCCUGGCUCAUCCAACAGCCAUAAAUACGAUAUCACAGUCCCUCGCUACGGAAAAUAUUAAGACGAAAAUAUCGGUUUUGGAAAUACUCGGUGCUGUUUGCCUCGUACCCGGCGGUCACCGGAAGGUCCUCGAAGCGAUGUUACACUUCCAGCAAUAUCACUCUGAGAGAACAAGGUUUCAGAGUAUAGUGAACGAUCUGGACAAGAAUUUCGGUAUAUACAAGGAUAACCUGUCUCUGAAGACGGCGAUAAUGUCGUUUAUAAACGCGGUGCUGAAUUACGGCCCCGGACAAGUCACCCUAGAGUUCAGACUUCACUUGAGGUACGAACUGCUGAUGCUCGGUAUUCAACCCAUCAUCGAGAAGCUGAGAAAAUAUGAGAACGAGACGCUGGACAGGCACUUGGACUUCUUCGAGAUGGUCAGAAAUGAAGAUGAGAAGGAAUUGGCCCGGAAAUUCGAGAAGGAACACGUCGACACGAAGAGCGCUACAGCUAUGUUCGAUUUGUUGAGAAGAAAGCUCAGUCAUACCGCAGCGUAUCCUCAUCUUUUGAGUCUGUUGGAGCAUUGUCUUCUGCUGCCUCUUGACUACGGCUCGCACCCUCAACACUGGCUCCUCUUUGACCGGAUCGUUCAGCAGAUCGUCCUUCAAUCGGAAGGUACCGGAACUCCACCGACAAAAAAUCCAGACGUUGCUCCAAUCGAGAUAAACGUUAAGGAAAUUGUCCAUCUUCUUGCGAAGGAGGAAGAGCUUGUAGCGGCCAAGAAGAAGGCCGAAGAACUGGAAAAAGAAAACUCGGACAUGUCAUCCCGGCUGGCCAAGAAGGAACAGGAACUGGACCUUAGGACGCAGGAAAAAGAAGACAUGGAGGCCAGUCUAUCGAGGAUAAAGGAACGGCUUGAGAAGGAGACGUCGUUGCACAUAGAGACGAAACAACGAAUAUCCGAGCUCCAGGACAACGUGGAGACCCUUUCGCGGCAGGUAAACAAUGAAAAGUCGGAGAGGAAGCGACUGGAACAGCUCGUUGCUUCGGGGAGUCUUCCGGAUGAUGCCAAGGCUACGAUAAAGAUCGUCGAGGACGAGGUCGCGGAGGUCGAGGCCAAACCAAUGCCGCCACCCCCACCGCCACCUCCACUGGCCCCGCCACCUCCCCCCUCUUUGAUGCCGACUGCUCCACCGCCCAUGAAAGUUGAGAUUGUCAAAAAUGUGCCGCAGCCCGGAAAUCCGCUCAAGUCUUUCAACUGGUCAAAAAUACCCGAGCAGAAGCUUCAGGGCACGAUUUGGUCCGAAUUGGACGACACGAAGCUCUACAACGUAAUGGACCUCGAGUCCAUUGACAAGAUAUUUUGCGCCUAUCAGAAGAAUGGCGUACCGACUGAAGGCUCGAUAGAGGACCUCCGGAACUUGGGUAAAAACAAGAAGACCAUGUCUGUCAUCGACUCGAGGAGGGCGCAAAACUGCACCAUUCUUCUGUCCAAGCUCAAAAUGUCCGACAACGACAUCACCAGGGCCAUUUUGUCCAUGGAUCAACAGAAUAUACUUCACAUAGACAUGGUUGAACAACUCCUCAAGUACAUACCAUCCUCCGAGGAGUCAGCGUUACUCGACCUUCAUCAGAAGGACCUCCAAAGCAGGGCGGAUUGCUUCUUGUAUCAAAUAUCCAAAGUACCUCAUUACGAGCAGAGGUUAAGGUCUUUGCACUACAAGAAAAAAUUUGCUGCCAGUAUCGCCGAGCUGACGCCGCGAAUGCGAUCGGUUCUGGAAGCAAGCCGUCAAGUGGCGCGUUCAAGGAGAUUGAGGAAACUUUUGGAGUUAGUUUUGGCUCUCGGAAAUUACGUGAAUCGAGGUAACGCCCGUGGCAAUGCGGCCGGGUUUAGAUUGGCGUCUCUCAAUCGAUUGGUGGAUACUAAAUCGUCGUGCGCAAAGGGCACCACGCUUCUUCACUACCUGGUCCAAAUGCUGGAGUCGAGGUUCAGAGAGGUUCUUGACAUCGAGGAAGACAUGCCGCACGUCAGAACCGCCGCCAGAGUUAGCAUGGCUGACCUGCAAAAAGAAGUUGCGAAUUUGAAAAACGGAUUGUCUGACGUGCAACGGGAAAUCGAAUUCCACAGGGGACAAUCCCAAGUACUCCAAGGCGACAUGUUCCUCCCAGCAAUGAGGGAAUUUCAGGCACAAGCUACAUGCAGACUAGCGGAAGCUGAAGAUCUGUUCCAAGAUAUGAAAACUAGGUUUGAUAGAGCAGUGCGAUUGUUUGGCGAAGAUUCGGCUGGCGUACAGCCUGACGAAUUUUUUGGUAUUUUCGAAAAUUUCCUCCAAGCUUUAGCUGAGGCAAGACAAGACGUGGAAAAUAUGAGGAGGAAGGUCGAAGAAGAAGAGCGCAGAGCAAAGCAGGAGCAAGAGCUAAGAAAACGGACGAUGGAGAGGAAAAAUUCUCGAGAGGGUAUCCUGAACAGUAUCUCGCUGGGAAAUAAGACUCAGAGUAAUGGAAAUAAUCAAGGUGACAACAAGGGCGAGUUUGAUGACUUGAUAUCAGCUCUACGCACCGGUGAUGUUUUCGGUGAGGACAUUGCUAAGUUCAAGAGGUCGAAGCGCAGACCAGUGACACCCAGUGGUCAAGAAUCCCGAAGGCACAGCGCACACAGGGAAGAUUCCAGGGAACGGCAUUAGUCGUUUGAAUAGGACGCAGUAUUCAGUUGCAGAUAUCUUCACACUUGUGAUAUAAUCUGUUUUUUUUUUCUUUCAAUUGCCACGACUUUUACGAAUCUCUUUUUGCUCAUAGUCCCGGCUCGAAGUUAUUAAUUCAAUAGAUGCGUGUAGAUAAGAAUUUUCGGUCGUCCUGAACUUCCGUGUCUGCGAUUCUUUCGAAUUUAGAUUUAUAUGCGAAAGACUGGAAAAAAUUAUUCGAGUGCCAAGACAGAGAGUUAAAUAUUUAUUUCAGUAUGGAAUACACUUAUCACGAUAAAGGUUUUCCGGAAAAAGAUUGUCAAGCUCAAUAAGUAAGUUAUGAAAAAUGUCGUCAAGAUACCUCGGUAAUCAUUCAAUCGAACCCAAUACUCGAUUGGGUAAAGAUUCUGUUUCGAAGGAAAGAAAUUAGUGGUUUUUUAGUAGAAAAGACAGCAUGCGUGAUAUUUUGCGUUGUAAAUAGUCAUUAUGCAGAUUAUAGCUAUUUUUUUUUCUCGCGUUAAAACGUUGUCAACUUUUCAUUGAAUGGAGAGAGAAGAUCAAAUCAAAGCAAACAAAAAUUAAAGAGAUAUUUAAAAUGAGGCGGAAUAAGAAAAACAGUCAUAUAAUUUCUAAAAAUGAAUAAUAUUAAGUAAAUAGUUCAAGAUCAAAAUAUUUAAGAUACAGAUUAUAUUGAUGUACACGUACUAUAAUCGGACCAAUCGAUAGAGGUAGGUUUUUUGAUUAUACCGCUCGUUUUCCCCGUUUUUGAAUCAUCUACAAAAUACCUAUCCCGUAAGUAUCAAACGUGUAGAGUUUAUUUUCCUCCGGUCAUAGGAUCAUUUUAAGGCCUACGCAGUUUUUGUAACUGCACUUUGAAACUAAGGAUCAUAGUCGAAAUUUAUAGUUUCUGAAACGAAAAUAAAACAAGAUCAUAGUAAGAUUAGUUUAUCAACAUGUGAAACAAAACAGCCUUACAUGAAAUAUGAAUUCAAUAUUACGAGGAAAUACGUAGAUUUCAAUGUGUAGAAAAAAAGGAUUGAAAAAACGAAAUCAAUUAAAUAAAUAAAUGUAACGAUCAAUGUAUAAGGAUCAAUGUUUUCUAAGCUUUUGUACUUUUGUAAAUAUUUAGUAUCAAUGUCUUAUUAUUACCGUUAUUAUUACUCUUCUAAUUAUUAUGAUAAAAGAUUAAACAUAAUGUCCGAUUAAUAUAUUUACCGUAUAAUAUUAAUAUCAAUAUGUAUUAAU